ACAAUUACUGGUGGUGGGUGGUGGCGCUUGCUUUCCCCUCUCCACAGUAGAGAGUGAGGUCAAACAAAGCUUCCAUCUAUAUAAUCAAUUCCAUCUUACCUCUCAAUCAAUUUUACUUCUCAAAACUCUCUAUCUCUCUCUCUCUCUCUCUCUCUCUCUCACUCUAUCCGUCUUUGUUGAUCUUGUUAUGCAGAUAAUGUAGCAGCAAAGAUGGGGAAGAGAAGAGAGAAAGACUUAAGAUCGUCCCAAACUCUACCCUCAUCACCUUCUCAUUCUUUCUCUUCCUCUUCUUCCUCAGAUUUUGAGUUCACAAUCUCUCUGUCUCCGCGCAAAUCAUCCACAGCUAUAUGUCCAGCAGACGAGCUCUUCUAUAAGGGCCAGCUUUUGCCUCUACAUCUCUCCCCUCGCAUUUCUAUGGUCCGCACAAUCCUCUUAGCCUCUUCAAGCACUUCCUCCUCUUCCGACACGACCACCACCGCCUCUCGCGACUCUACUGGCAGCUCUAAUGAAUCCACCUCGUCCUUCAGUAGCGAUCUUGUCUCGCUUGGAGAGUGUGACUCUUCAAGACCCAGUUCUGUCACCGAAGAAGAUGAGUUCAAGCGGCUUAACAACGCCUACCCUCACAUUCAAAGCCAUGUUCACUUGAAUUCCCAGAUCAAGAAGAGCAAUAAAUACUUCUCUCUAUCGAGAUUCUCUUCUGUGUUCAAGAAAGAGCCCAAGAACCGCGAAAAUGAUGCCGUGUCUGGUUCUUCAGUGAAAAGAAUGAGCGCCACAGCAAAGGAGGUAAUAAGGAAGUACUUGAAGAAAGUGAAGCCAUUGUACGAGAAACUUUCCCAGAAACAACAGCAAAAAAUGGCCGGUGUAAAUCCAAUGCCUACAGCACCAAUAAGCAGCGUCUCAUUCUCCAUGAAAUCAGAGAGAUCUGAUGACUCUAACAAGAACGCAAGCAAGGAAAGCAACCGAGGAUUUGCCCACUCUUUCUCAGGAAACCUGAGGUACCCAAGAAGGAGAAGCUGCAUUUCAAGCUGCCCAUCGUCCAUGCGGUCAUCCCCUAGCCACUCUGGCGUGCUAUGUAGAAACGGUUUCGUGGGUUCAGGCACAGGUAGCAGAGUCGGUGGUGGUAUGUGCUAUGCAGAUAAUUCAUCAAUGGAGGAGUUGCAGAGUGCCAUUCAAGGUGCAAUCGCUCAUUGCAAGAACUCCAUGAUGAAAAGCAAGACUAUGAUGAGCAAUGAAAUUUAAUUAAAUAUUGUUAAUUAA